GAAAAAUGACAAACAGUUGAUAGUUUUGCGUUUGCCAUGAAAGUUAGGAUUUAAAUAAUUUCGACAUAUUUCACUCCUAAUUCUAUACAUUAAAUUAUUUUAUAUUCUUAGAAGACGAUCGCUAUGCCUGAAGAGACCAAAAAAAAUCAAAAAGGCAAAAAUGAUUCUAAAGAACAGAGAAAGAAACGACAGCCCCGACACCAAGCUGGGCCUGUUGAGAAAAAGCAAGAAAAGGAACCUGAGAAACAAAAAGAAACUACCAAGGCCCCAGAAAAACCAGCAUACCAGCCACCAGGCCCUGAAUUCUACAAAGGUCUUAAAAGAGAAACAGAAGAAAUUCUAAAAAUUACCGAAGAAGAGAACAGUAAAUAUAAGAAGAAGGAAAUUCAGAGCAACUGGGCUAAAUAUGAGAUGCCCAUCGAAAGUUACGAAGCUAUGGACGAACAAGAACAUCUUGGAGCGGAUUACGAGACUCUGAUUCAAGCACCGCUGUCAGUGGGAACACAUUUUCAAUUCAAACAUGAGAAAUCAUGGGAUGUUACAUCCAGCCCCUCGCCAUAUGAAACAUAUUUUGACAUUGAUAUGGGAGACCUUGUUAUCGCACUGUCCACUAUACCAUUCUAUGAGAGGAAUAACAUCGACAAAUCCGUCUUCAGUGAAAGCGAUUUUCAAAGCAUGGACCACAGAGCGACGAAAUAUAAACAAAAAUACUAUAAAGACAACAAAUAUAACACACCAGACUUGGACGCCCAGAAUAGUAUUAUAAACAAAUUGUGCGACAAAAAAGAAGAGAGUUCAACAUUAAGUGAAAAUAUUGAAAUAAGCAGCGAAAAGAGUAAUGAAGAUAAUCUAUUAGGAUUCAAAGAUAUAAAACUUGAUGCUAUCGAUGAUCAUCCUGAAGAUAAUAAGAUAGAAAAGGCUUUAGAAUUAAAUAUAAACAGUAACCAAGAUAUUACUAUCAUCAAACCUAAAGAAAUUGAUCAAUUAAAAACUGAGAGUGAAUCAUUAACAAAGCCUGAAAUCAUUACGGAUACAAUCCAGGAAACAAAAGAGGAUGAUCCGAUAAUAGAUAAUGAUGAUGUUGAUAACAAUUUAUUAGCAUCCCCCGAUGAUGAGACUGUAGAGGAAGCUGAAAUUCCUGUUAGUAAUAUAACAGAAACGAAACCUCAAGUGACAUCGCAAAUACAAAAAGAUUCUAAGAAUCCAAUCAUAGAGUCUCCAGAGGACUUAGAAAAAUGGCUUGACGAUUUCUUAGACGGUUAACUCGCUGUGAUACUGUGUUAUGUAUUUAUGCAAUGAUAUUGAGAUAUUGACAAACAAAUAAAACCAUUAAUCACUAAAAA